CCAGCUCACAAUGGGUCGUUGGACCCAGUAUGACGACGACUCGUACCGUCUGCCUGAGGGCAUGAAACGGGUUGGAUAUGAUUCGGACACAGGCAAGUACUACUUUCGCGACCAGGACGGCUCGCUCUGGGAGGGCCCUGACGGUGCUGAGUAUGGCGAGAUGAAGCGAGUUACGGAUGCCCCAGUAGUCAUCGGUGAUCCCUCGGCGGACGAUGUUAGUGACGAAGAGGCCGAGAUCGGCGUUCAUUCUCGUGCCGAUGGGUACCAUCCCCUCGCUAUGGACUCGAAUGGUACCGUCCACGCCGGGCGUAGGGUCCACGAUAAUACCAACGCGUAUCGCCUCAUCCUUCCCUUCUUCCUCAUCGUCGCAGUCGUGCUGCUACUCGUCAUUCGACUGGUACAUUCCUCAACGUCCAGCCCGCCCAAGGCCAUUCACUGCCCCGGUACGAGCGAGGCAUAUUACAUCUCUCGCGGUGAUACGUGCUGGGAUCUUGCCCAGACCCGUGGAUGCUCUGUGGACGAUAUCUUGAAUAUCAACAGCGACCUCAAGUGCGAGACGCUUGCUCUCGGCCAAUCUAUUUGCUUGCCUACCAAGGCUUGAUGCGUAAUGAGCGGACUAUUGAUUACAUUCUUCUCCCUGGAUCUCAUUGUAUAGUAUUGCAUGCGUGUCUCUUGUAAACUAUGUCUGCUCACUUAUCGUUGGCUUCCCCUGCUGUCCGUCCUUCGAGGGCAGCUUUGUCUGACCAGGAGAUUGAUCUGAGCUUAUACCUAGUCGACCGAGACACUCUCCCUUUGGGCGUUCUCAGCAUGCACUUCCGCCGUGCGUUGUUAUAGGUAUGACCUGUCAGUGCCUCCAUUCCAGCUUCGAAGUCGAGCUGCGGGAUAAGAGUAAGAGUGAUGGCAGCAACUAUUGACAGAAGAAUGUCAACUGCGAUACACAGCCUCCUACAGCGAACCUGUGCCCAAACACGCGAUCAAUGAGGCGGGUAGAUAUCGUUCCGUGCUUUCGUAGUCCAGCAGCGGAUCGUUUCUGAGUCUACGAUAGUAUGAAAUGACUCAGG